CGCAGCAAUACUGACCCAUGGAGAAGCGUCGAAGACUGUAACCCCCGCACACUGACCGACUAUCGCGCGAGGGAAAGAGAUAAGGAUGAGCGUCGGCAUAGAGACGAGGAUGAUCGUAGACGUAGGGGAUGAAGAGGAUCGAAGACGCAGAGAAGAAGACGAUCGGAGACGUAGAGAGGACGAAGAGAGGAGGCGCCGUGAUGAUACUAUAGACAAAGACCGCCGGCGUGAUGGGUACCGAGGGGGAGAUUCUUACAGUCGAGGAGACAGAGCUGACCAGUAUCCGCGCAGUCCCAGAGGCCAGUACCCGCGCAGUCCCAGAUACGGUGGAAAUGUCGAGGGGUACCGGAACCCGAGCAACUUUAACUCGGGGGAUAGAAAGGAACCCCGCAGUCGAUGGGAGUCGGAUAGGGACCGCCGAGAUGGGUAUCGAAGCGGUUAUGAGCGGACAGGGAGAGAUGACCUCAAACGGGCAAUAGAUGAAGGGCUUGUCGUACUUGAUGAUCACAAGUACGUCGAGUGGGCGGAUAACCUCGACGAUGUAUCGAUGUUUCCUUCAAUGAAGGAGAACGUGGAAGCUAGGCGAGUAGUACCGAAUAAGGGUAAAGGGGUUGCGAGAACCCAAAGCGUGAGACUGAGUCGGUCUUCAGAUGAGGAGAGUCCUAUGACGCCCAUACGGGUGGCAGUGACCAAGUCCGCCAGGGCUUCCUCCUCCAAGAAGGCUGACACUGAUUACGUAAUGGAAGAGAAGGAUGGACAGAGGAUUGAAGGAGGAGAAAUUAUACUUUCCCCACGCAAACGUGGGGCAAGAAAGUUCACGAUGAAGAGUACUCUGGAUGACAUGGACACGGUCGAACCUCUUAGACGCGCUCUCGGGCAGCCUAUGCAGUGCACGAUCCUAGAGUAUUUAGCGGCCUCGAGGCCAGCACGGGAUGAAUUGCAGAUGAUUACUCGUAAGGCACGUAUUCCCCUGAGCGACGAGGUCCAAAUGACGACUAAACAGGAGGAGAUACCCACUGUUGCUGUAUCAAGUGUGGUCGCCAAGGCGGAUCGUGCUGCGACGAUGUUCUUAGAUGGGAUAGAAGGGGUGCCCCCUGACAAGUUUUAUAUCCUGGGCAGCGGGACAAUACAGACUACCCUCAAUGACGAAAUAGUUCUUCAUGCAGUUAUUGAUAAUGCAACGAGGCUGUUAUCAUCGAUGAGGGCAUGGCUAUCCGAUUGGGAUUAGAUCUUGAUAAGUCGUUCAAAUUUGAGAUAGAGACCGCCGAUGGAAGGAAGAAAAAGGUCACCGGGGUUUGCCACAAGGUUGCAAUUGAGGUCGAAGGGCUGAGAGUGACGAUGCCUGUUUUCGCGGUUCGAGAUUGCAUCGCAGAGUUAUUAUUGGGGCAGACAUGGCUGAGUCACGUCCAUGCCGUUACUAUAGAACGACCAGAUGGAAGCCAGAUGCUUUCCAUCAAGUGCCCAGACGGUGGGCGGAUUAUGAUGGAGACGGUAGAGCCUCGUGACCCGAGGAACAAAGUGGUUUUCGCUGA